AUGAAGAGUCUUCAUAGUCACGAAAUUCAGUCUAGUACUAUGAUGCGGCAGGACUCAGAGUCGAGAUCACCCGCAUCUGAAAAUGUAUCUCCAAUGGUUGAGUCGAGCCUUGGACCGGCCGUCAUCUCACCUACUCUAUCUUCAUCUCCGUCUCCAUCAUAUCAUUCAUUUUCAAUGCUUGAUAUGGAACUCCUUCAUUACUACACCAUGUAUGGAGCUUCCGAUUUCAUCGACUUUGCCAGUGCCCAAGAACUAUAUCGAACUACGGUCGUGGAAUUAGCUUUCAAGUUUCCCUUCCUCAUGCAUGAGAUACUUGCUCUCGCCGCCUUACAAUUAUCACAAACCCGGCCCCUUAAAGCCGCUUACUAUCACGAAGCAUCGACCACGCACUUGAUCACCGCUCUCCAGCACUUUCAAUCGGCCAUAUCCAGCGUCGAUGCCGGGAAUUGCCAUGCUUGCUUCGCCUUUACCACCCUCAUGUUUACAUUUGCCUGGACAUCACAGGACUCGAAUCUUCCCAACCACCUCUUCUUUGGCCCCGAUUGUUCCGAUGAUGAAAGCAUAUUCCCCCAUUCCCAAUGGGUACGACUAUUCCAAGGUUCCAACCUCGUAUUGAAAGAUGCAUGGGAAGAUCUAAGCCGUGGACCAUUCAAAGUCUUAUUUGACCCAUGGGCUGGCUUCUCAGAAGACUGCAGCAUCCUCCCACUCGACCCCAUCGACGAUCUCCACCUUACCUCGUUAUCAAGCGCAUGGUCCAGCACCUCUUCAUGCGAUAUUCCUCUCGAGCAGCGACAGGCAUUAGAUCGCGCGCUCCAUAUACUGAAAAGAAUAUUUGGGCUGUUGAGAGCGCCCAAUGCUCCCUCACCUCUGAGCGUGGUGAUGAGUUGGCUUUCGGCGAUAUCCGAUGAGGUGGAGGCGAUGAUGGGUAGGAAAGUUAAAGAAGCAUUGUUGCUCGUGGCGUAUUAUUGUGUGUGCAUUCACCGUGUUUCACAUUUAUCAUUCAUGAGUGGGAAGGGGAAGAAUCUGUUAAAAACUACUCUGGACGUGUUGGGACCGGGAUGCGAGCAAUGGACUCAAUGGCCGAUAGAGGUGGUUUUGGGUAGAGAAUGGAGGGGUGGAAAGACGAUGAGUGUGGAUUUUAUCAGUGGUGCAUCAUAA